ACAGAACUCAAACAACAUUAAUCAGCAGUUAUAUUUUGCACACAGCAGUGGAUGUGUUGUCACACCACGCUUCAUAAGACGCGGGAGUGGCUGUGCUCUGCAGGCGGCGCCUAGUUGCGCGUUACGGUAAUUUCAAGAACGCAUAGGUAGGACAAUGGGUGUGUAAACGAAACUGGGAAAUCACCUCUUGGGACACAGUGAAUUUGUUAAAAAGUGGUCAAAUAAGAUGUCGAGCCGGACCAGACCUGGCUACUGUCGCCAGGACGUGAACAAAACCACCUGGGAGGUACCGGAACAGUACCGGGAGCUGAAACAGGUGGGGACGGGGGCUUACGGUACAGUCUGCUCUGCAGUGGACUUCAGGACAGGGACCAAGGUGGCCAUUAAGAAGCUCCACAGGCCCUUCCAGUCUGAGCUCUUUGCUAAGAGGGCCUAUCGGGAGCUGAGGCUGCUCAAACACAUGAAACAUGAAAAUGUUAUUGGCCUUGUCUAUGUAUUCACUGCAGACCUCUCCUUGGACAGAUUCCAUGACUUCUAUCUGGUGAUGCCCUUCAUGGGAACAGAUCUGGGGAAGUUGAUGAAGUUACAGAAUCUCUCGGAGGACAAAGUACAGUUCCUGGUGUAUCAGAUGCUGAAGGGACUCAAGUAUAUCCAUUCUGCUGGCAUCAUUCAUAGGGACCUCAAACCUGGGAAUCUGGCUGUUAACCAGGAAUGUGAGCUCAAGAUCCUGGACUUUGGAUUGGCGCGGCAGGCUGACAGUGAGAUGACUGGCUAUGUAGUGACUCGCUGGUACAGAGCCCCAGAGGUCAUCCUCAGCUGGAUGCACUACACCCAGACUGUGGACAUCUGGUCAGUGGGCUGCAUCAUGGCAGAGAUGCUGUCGGGAAAACCACUGUUCAAAGGCAAUGACCACCUGGAUCAGCUGACUGAGAUCAUGAAAAUCACUGGGACGCCCACUCAGGACUUCAUCACCAAACUGCAGUCUCAGGAUGCAAAGAAUUAUGUCAAAAGCCUUCCCAAAGUGCAAAAGAAAGACCUUCAAGAACUCUUUUCCAAAGUCAAACCACAGGCGGUGACAGUUAUAGAGUGCAUGCUGCUGCUCGACCCAGAGAGUAGGGUGAUGGCGGCAGAGGCCCUCGCCCUGCCAUACUUCUCAGAGUUUAGAGAGCCAGAGGAGGAGACUGAGGCCCAUCCUUACGACCACUCGGUAGACAACUCUGACUUGUCCCUGGAACAGUGGAAACGUCACACGUUCACAGAGAUCUUGUCUUUCCAGCCCCAAGUGGUUGAGUCCAGGGAAACCGCACUGUAAGGUGAAGCGUCGCACAUGGAAACCAACCCCCACCCACCAUUUGUUUUCACAAGUGUCCUCCUCUGUUAAUCCAACAUUCUCAGACUGUAAUGUUUGUAUGGGUUUACUCCUCACAUGUGUAUAUUUUCAGCUAUUUUCAUACCACUCUUGUUGACUCCUGGAUCAAGCGCUUGUCAAGACAGCGAUUUUUGUCAUUUAGGAUAAGACGUUGUUUGUCCUUUGACUAGAAUUCUAGGACGUUUCCGUGUGUGUGUAGCUGUGUAGUCUAAACAUGUCUGUGACCCCUACUGAUGUUUCCUUAAACUUGUAAUUUCCUUUUAUCACCUUAAUGAACAAUGGUACAGGUCCAAACAUCUGAAACCAUUUACUAAAGUGUGAGCACAGCAGCAGUUAUUUGAUGACACAGUUUGCAGACACAUAAAAACCAUUGGUGGUCUGCAAAACGUUGCACAAUUUUUUUACAUUUAAAAAAAAAUAUAAGCCGUUUACUGUAAUUUUGCUUACAUUGGAUAUUUUUUUAUUUAUUAAAACACCAUUGUUUAAAGACGUGUUUUUUUUCAUGCAUACUUCUUUGUAGAUAUUUAUAUAAAGGAUAAUCCACCUGA